GUCGGGCUUUAGGACUGCGCGGAAGCCGGGCUCUACCCGGUAGGACUCUGCAGUAAGUGUAGGGGACCUCAAGGAGGCCGCGCCGGCUGGGGAGGACGCUGGAAGAAGCAGCCGAGGGAAAAGGUCCAGGCCUGGAUUGGCAACGGACAAGGGAAAGCUGAAGGACAGAAGGCACUUCUCCGCUUUAUUCCAUAUAAAAUAUAGCCAUCUAUUAAAUCUGAUCCCAUGAUGCCGUCCAAUACCAACACAAACCCUGCCCCGGAAGAAGGAGUUGAGACACAGAUGACUUCAUGUCAUCCUAACAACUUCCUGAGGGGUAGAGGAGUGGCAAGAAUAAAGAUUGUCCAGAAUGAUGAGCAGCCAGAGAAAAAUAGAAACAAGGAGAAAAGACGAGGCAGGCCAGGGAGAAAACGCAAGCAAACAAUGGUCUUCUCCUUUCUCUGGCACCGGGCCAGCUGCAUUCAAGAUAACCGUGUCUACAUGCGGCCGAACCAGCAGUCCUUAAAGGGACCGCUGGAGGCCGCCACCAUAAAGGUGGACAUCAAUGAAGCUUCCAGCGAAAUGGUGGCAGCCCCAAAGUGCCAAUCUUCCCAAGCAUCGUCAACACAGGUGCACAAUGGAGAGGUAGAAAGUAAACAGCAAGAGAUGGGGAACUCACAGCUGACUGGAGAAAAGAAUGUUCCUGAGAAUGGCGACCGUGGAAGAUCUGUCCUUGAGGCUCAGAAUUUGAAAGACCAGGAGUCCAAUGAAGAAAGCACAAGUCUGGAUGGAGAUAUUGAAAUAGAUUUGGAGAUAGAGAAUGGAUGUUACACCCCAAAAUAUGGCCAGGAUUCUGAAAAAGGAGAAAAUGAGAAGCUAUCAUCUGCUCUCAGAAAGAAGUACAAGAAGCGUCAAGUGGAAGCUGCUGAGAAAGGAUCUGAGGAAAACACCACAUCAACACAAGAGUCAGUAAAAGUAGAGGGAGCAAGGGGGCGACAUCGUGGCCAAUCAGGGUGGGAAAAUAGCCUGCGUCAGAGACCAGUGCAGCGAAUAACUUUCCAAGCUGGUGAUCCCUAUUAUAUCAGUAAAAGGAAGCGAGAUGAGUGGCUGGCUAAAUGGAAGAAGGAGUCUCUCACCUCCAUGCGUCCUUCUCCCGCUAGGAGGGUGAGUAAAAAGGCUGCAGACCCCCUUGAUGCAUCCCACUUGAAUGCCACUCCAUUGCUUAGCCAAGAGGAAGCACUCUUACCGUGGGGUGAGAUGGAAAGAAUGUCAUAUUUUCCCCGAAGUGGGAAUCUUCACCCCCUCCCCCAGACUGAGGCUGAGAAGAGGGCAAAGCUUGUAGCGGUGAUGAGUGCACAGGAAGAGACCCCAGUUCAGAAAGAGAAAGAAACAAGCACAACCACAUCCCAGCAGUCUGCUGAUCCAGCACCUCCCAGAAUUGCUACAACUCCAGAACCUUCAAUCAUUUCAAAUGAGACAGUCGAAAAGGACACUUCCAAAGUGAUGGAUGAGGAAGCAGAAUAUGAAGAUGGGCGAGGAUUUGGCAUUGGAGAGCUGGUCUGGGGAAAGCUCAGAGGAUUCUCGUGGUGGCCAGGUCGUAUUGUGUCCUGGUGGAUGACUGGCCGAAGUCGGGCAGCUGAAGGAACACGAUGGGUGAUGUGGUUUGGAGAUGGCAAAUUCUCUGUUGUCUGUGUAGAAAAGCUGAUGCCUUUGAGUACUUUUUCUACUGCCUUUCACCAGCCAACCUAUAGCAAACAGCCUAUGUAUAGGAAAGCAAUUUUUGAAGUCCUACAGGUGGCAAGCAACAGAGCAGGAAAACUCUUUCCAACACAUUCUGGGAAUGAUGAGUUGGACACUGCCAAAGGUGUGGAAACCCAAACCAAGCAGAUGAUUGAAUGGGCUUUGGACGGAUUUCUGCCCUUAGGGCCAAAGAGUUUGGAUCCUCCUGAAGAGGAGCGAAAUCCUUACAAAGAGGUUUAUACAGAAAGUUGGAUGGAGCCUGAGGCUGCUGCUUACCCUCCACCUCCCCCCGCCAAAAAAGCAAGAAGAAGCACAGAGAAGCUAAAAGUCAAAGAAAUUGUAGAUGAACGAACUCGAGAGAGGCUAGUCUAUGAUGUGAGGCAAAAUAGCAGGAACAUUGAAGAUAUCUGCCUCGCCUGUGGAAGUCAAAAUAUUUCUCUUGAGCACCCACUCUUCAUCGGAGGCAUGUGCCAAAGUUGUAAGGGCUUGCGACAAGCUAAAACUGGGAACUGCUUCUUGGAAUGUGCAUACCAAUACGAUGAUGACGGUUACCAGUCCUACUGUACCAUCUGCUGUGGGGGCAGGGAGGUACUCAUGUGCGGAAACAAUAAUUGCUGCAGAUGCUUCUGUGUGGAAUGUGUAGACCUACUGGUUGGACCAGGUGCUGCACAGGCAGCAAUUAAAGAAGACCCCUGGAACUGUUACAUGUGCAAUCACAAAGAAAUAUUUGGACUGCUAAGACGGAGGGAGGAUUGGCCAAUUCGGCUCCAACAGUUUUUUGCUAAUAACCACGACCAGGAAUUUGACCCACCAAAGUUGUAUGCACCCAUUGCUGCCGAAAAGAGAAAACCUGUCCGAGUACUGUCACUUUUUGAUGGCAUUGCCACAGGGCUGCUAGUUCUAAGGGAUCUGGGGAUCCAAGUGGAACGCUACAUUGCAUCCGAAGUCUGUGAUGAUUCCAUCACAGUGGGUAUGGUCCGACACCAGGGGAAGAUCAUGUAUGUGGGAGAUGUUCGAAAUGUUACUCGCAAACAUCUAUUGGAGUGGGGUCCAUUUGACCUGGUGAUUGGUGGAAGUCCCUGCAAUGAUCUCUCCAUUGUGAAUCCUGCCAGGAAAGGACUGUAUGAGGGCACAGGCCGCCUAUUUUUUGAGUUCUACCGUCUACUUCAUGAAACAAGACCCAAAGAAGGAGACAACAGGCCAUUCUUCUGGCUGUUUGAAAACGUGGUGGCAAUGGGAGUCAGUGACAAGAGGGACAUCUCGCGCUUUCUAGAGUGUAAUCCUGUGAUGAUUGAUGCCAAGGAAGUCUCUGCUGCCCAUCGAGCCCGAUACUUCUGGGGUAACCUUCCUGGUAUGAACAGGUUGGUGAAAGAACGACCACUGGUUGCCAUGUAUAAUGAUAAACUUGAUCUUCAGAACUGUCUUGAGCACGGCAGGACAGCAAAGUUCAACAAAGUGCGAACCAUCACCACUAGAUCUAAUUCUGUCAAGCAGGGCAAAGAUCAGCAUUUCCCAGUCCUAAUGAACGAGAAGGAAGACAUUCUCUGGUGCACUGAAAUGGAAAGGGUAUUUGGUUUCCCAGUCCAUUACACAGAUGUCUCCAAUAUGAGCCGCCUUGCCCGACAAAGACUUCUGGGGAGAUCCUGGAGUGUUCCUGUCAUACGUCACCUGUUUGCACCACUGAAAGAAUAUUUUGCCUGUGUUUGAAAGCAAAGAAGACAAAGGAACUUAUUAAGAAAAAAAGAAAUUAAUUUACUCCAAGGAAAAAUGUCAAAUUCUGUUAGAUGUUACUUAAUUUCACGUAUUUUAAAUGUCAUCCUUUUUAUCCUAUUUAAUUUUUUAAAUGUUUUUAAUUUUCAGCUAUUUUAAUGUGUGAUUUGUAAGUUUUGUUUUUGUUGUGUUCAAGCUGUACUUGAGAUGAGGCUGUUCAAUCCUUUGCAGCACUGGGAAAAAGACAAUUUUGCCUUGUGUAGGUGGAUAAGAGCACCAAGAAGAAGCUGGAUAUGAACAGAGCCUGGAACAUCAAGUCAGCCAGCUGAGCCUUACCUUACCAGCACCAUUUCUGGUAUCUAUCUCAAGCAAAAAAAUCACAGCUACUUACAAAUACUGUACAUUUUCAGGUGCCUCCAACCAGAAACCACGAAGAAACAAUAUAUCAGCUGCCAGUACAUUUCAUUUCCAUAACACUGAUAGUUGUUUGAAAAAGGUACAACUGUGCAACAAUUUCUGCAAUGGUGCUUUUACAAAAGGUGAUUGAAAACAUCAGCUCUGAUGUUGCCUUACCGUUUACAAGAGGCAGAAUUGUAAUAUAAUCAGGAAACAGCAACAUUUAAGGUUGUCGAGGUGGUCUUUAGUGGCUUGAGUCUGAAAAUAUAGUAAUGUUUUCAUAUGCUCAAGAUCACUUUUAAGGACUCUUUGCCAUGACUGUAAUUUUUCUAUCAUGUUUGUACAAUAAGAAAAAAUAUAUAACAGAAAACGGUGCUUUUUUCUUAAGCGUACAUCCUUGGGCCAAGGCCUGGUGCUUAUGUAACAGGUCACUUACUGGCACCACAAAUAGCCAGCCAACAUGCAGUGAUGUUUUUGGUCAUCCAAAACUAAAUGACAGGCUGCACUUUUUUACUGAAGGACUGAUGAAUUUUUUACAUCUGUGAUUUCCUUUUAUUUUUGGUUGAUUUUUUUUUUAAAUUUCCUUAGGGGUCUCUUUUAUACCAGGACAUAACCCCUUCUUGUAGCUGCAUAUAAAUCAGGUACAAGUCAAUACAGUGCAGCUUGAUGGUGUAAUUUUGCCUUUUAUUUUCUUUUAUUCCCAUUUCCUUCCUUAUCCUUUGGCUUUCAUUUUGUUAGCAUACAUUUUUGUUGUUUAUAAGUUGUUUAUGCAAAUCGUAUUUCUACUGUCAGUACUUGAUCAAACACAUCCAACAGUUUUCCUUGAAGCAGUUGUUGAUUCAUAUGGUGCUACACAUUUUUUUCUGAAAUAUUGAAAGAAAUCUGCUAUCUUGACUAUGAUUCAUUAAGUUCUCAUGGUCAAGGAAAAGCACUAUUAUUUUACUCUUUUAAAAAAAGAAAAAGGCAUUUUAACUUUGUACUUGAAAGAAAAAAAAUCAGUUUCAUGUGUUUUAGCCUAGACAGUGCCGUAGUUGGUGCUUAUUUGUGGGAAUCAUGUAUUCAUAUUGAAGACAAUGUAGUAAAUUUGCUAAUCCUUUUACUGUUACAUAUGUAUUUGCUUGAUCCCCAGCAGCAGUGCAUUUUCUUUCCACAUUCCAUGCAGCAAGCAGUAUUUUUGGUUUUAUUCCUUCAUUUUACUGUCAUUAUAACUUUGAUAAUAUUUAUUGACAAUAAUGUGCAUUUCAAAGUUAAGAGAAUUCACUGAAGGUUGUAUUUCAGUGAAUAUUGUAUUACUGUGUAUUGCUUGUGACAUAGCUGUUUAUGGAAAGGUCAGUACGUGCAGCAGAUGUAGCAGUCAACCUCCAUCCUGUUUUCAAUUCCCAAUAAUGCUCCUUUCUUAUGUACUUGUGCUGGAGAACACUUGAAUAAAUGUAUUGUUUUUUUGUGCAAAGUGUACACAGUUGUGUAUCGGUUUGUUGUGUAUUCUUUUGUUCCUCUAGUAUAUUGUUUCUUUCUACUGUAGAUCCAGUUGGCUGACUUUGAGGAAAAAAAUACAACUUUCUCUGAUCUGGUUCCUACCAAUCAAUCAGUUGUUGAGUAGGUGGUUUGCUGUUGAGAGCUGCUUACAUCUUCUUUUGGAAAAAAGAUCAAUAGUUUAUUCAGAAACAGCCAGCUUUUUACAUUGACACACUAGAAAAAAACAGUUUCUAGUACUGUAUGUGAAUGUUUUCAGACUUCCAUUUUUUCCAUUUCUCAUGAUGAAGGAAUUCUGCUGUCCUGAAAGCUAAUGUUUUUCAGAUAUUUGCAUCUGGUCCAAUGAAAGGAAUCAUGUGCAACACUUUGGCACGUUUACUGAGAAACCAAUGGUCUGCCUAGUGUUCUGAACUGUGCACUGCUGUGUUGUGGGGAAAUUAAGCUUGUAACACUGCAUUUUUUUCACCACAUGGGUGGCCACAUAUUGCCACCACCUAGCUUACCUGCUGACUUCAUUGUGGACAUGUUUCCCAGUACAAAUGGUCCCAGGUGCGUCACAUUAUCCAGAGUACUGAGUUGCAAAGUGCUGAUAUUAUUUGACAAUACCUACAGUACAAUCAGCCUAAAAUUAAGUAAUAAGAUGUUAAAGAUAACCUUAAAAAUCUGUUCCAUUGGAACAGUUUAAGCCUAUAGUUGGGGAAGCACUUUUUUAACUGGUAACAACUUGAAAGACUAAACAGCUUUUUGUCUUCCCUCUGCUUCCUGACAUCCAGUUUUGUUGUCAGAAGGGAACAUUUAUACCAAUAAGACCAAGAGCUUCAAAUAAAAUGUAAAUCCAAACAAUACCCCAAUUAAGUCAAUUAGUACAGAUUAGUACUAAUUACUAAUACUUGAUAAUUUUGAAAAAUAUUAAGAAUGGGGAACUCUCGAUACUCUAUUAGCCAGCAGAUGAAAAUAGCAAGGAGCUCUCCCCACUUAAUUAUAUAUUUUUCUAUUUAUAUCCUCUCCCAAUUGUUACCAUUUCCCCCAACAUGACUGCUCACCUGUAUGCUGCUUUCUUUCAGUUAGGAUAGUGGCGAGCUCCAAGCUGUGGCCUUUUCCAAAAAUCACACUAUUAUUCUUCUGCCAUCAACUUAAGGUCAGCAUGCAAUUUUAAACAGGCCACAUGAAAAAUGGCUGAAUUCAUCCUAAAUUAGGAAAGCAGAUUGAAGUGUUAUAAAAGCUUGUGAUUUGAUGUUGCAGUCUCUGCAUUUUAAUGUGCUCUAAACAUUAUAGUUUUGUUAAUAUAUAGAAUAUAUCCAACAUGUAGCUGGUAGAGAAACCCAUUUGCUGUGGUGCUAAAGUAUUUGUCAAAUGACAAGUUUGAACAAAAGUUUUGUUUGCUUGUGAUUGGGUCACUCCAGCGGAAUGUGGAAUAAAAUCAUCCCCUACUCAAUGUUUAUUCCUGUUUUGUUAUCCUAGAGCAGCAAUUCUCCACAGCUUGAAACCGUCCCGUCCUCCCCACUGAAGUAUGAAGCAUAAUGGUGCUAAAGGGUGGCAACUGUAAGGAUUUAAUGGGGGGGGGGGAAAGUACAAACUAUUUUUUUAAAUGCUUUAAGAAAUACUCAGUACACAAAAAUCUAGCUGUGAUAAAUUUGGAGUCCAUUCUGGAGCACAUUGUAUCACACCAGGGUUAAUGGCAACUCCAGUAUCUCUGAGGUUCCUGAACUCCAGUGCACAGAAAAGCUAUCUUAAAGGGAUACUGAUAUCAAAAAAGUGUUUUUUUCUGUUUACAAACACAAUGCAAUUAUGUAAUUUGCUCAAAUAAAAAUAAUUGAAUCACCCUAUCGUCAUAUCGUGAUUCAAAAUGGUGCAUGCCUAUUCUCUCUUUUCAAACAAAAGAUUUGUCAAACACUUUUUCAUGAAGACGGUAUCCCUUUAAAUAUUAAAAUGAGGUAUUCUCUCAUCUCUUUCCUUUAAUAUAUACCCAACACCCAUCAUUGAUAUUAUGAAUAUAUAAGGUGUAACCCUGAUAUGUGACUGUUACUGUAAGGAUGGUUAAUGUAACUGCUCAGAAUUUAUACUGGUACAUUUAUUUGUGACUGUAUGUCUGUUAAACCUCAAUAAAAUGUUAUACAA